GUACUUCGUGUUCGAUGAUUUCCAACUUGCGUUUCGGAAGUGCAUUUUAAAACUUGUUAAAACUGCUGUAGCAUUUAGUUUGUAAUCAUCAGUGAAUUGAACAGAACUUCAUAAAAAUGAGUAUUUUAGCUUACAAUGGUGGAGCUAUUAUAGCGAUGCAAGGCAAGAACUGUGUGGCCAUAGCUGCCGAUCGAAGAUUUGGUAUCCAAGCACAAACUAUAACGUGCGAUUUUCAAAAAAUAUUUGAAAUGGGUCCACACUUGUAUCUGAGCCUCCCUGGAUUGGCUACCGACACUCAAACAGUGAUGGAAAAACUGAGAUUCAGAGUAAACCUCUAUGAAUUGAAAGAGAACAGAAAGAUACAUCCUAAAACGUUUGCAUCGAUGGUAUCAAAUUUGUUGUAUGAGAGGAGAUUUGGACCUUACUUCGUUGAGCCUAUCAUUGCUGGGUUAUGCCCUGUUACAUACGAACCGUUCAUUUGCAACAUGGAUCUAAUAGGAUGCAUAAGUUCACCAAAGGGGUUCGUAGUUGGUGGAACAUGUAUCGAACAACUUUAUGGAAUGUGUGAAUCGCUCUAUGAGCCAGAUAUGGAGCCAGACGAUUUAUUUGAAACCAUCAGCCAAGCUUUAGUAAACGCUUGUGACAGAGACGCGAUAUCUGGUUGGGGUGCUGUAGUUCACAUAAUUGAAAAGGACAAAGUUACAACGAAGACCGUUAAGACGCGAAUGGAUUAAGGCAUCUCUCGAACGCAUGUUUACAUUGUGUACCAAUAUAAGAUCUCUUAUUCAGAGAUACUGUAUGAAAUGUUUAAAUAAAUUAAGAAUUUUCAGUAAACGAA